UGGACAGAUUCUCCAGAGGGAAAUACAACACCACUCGCUGUCACAAUGAAGGAAUGGGGGAGGAUUCAACCCUCGGUUUCUUCAACAGUAUUUGUGAAGUGUGGAGUGCGUUGUCAAAAUUUCUAGCCACCACUGACCCCAGCGCAGAAAAUAGCUCUCAGGCAAAGAAAGAAGAGAGGGGGAGGAUGAAUGGGGGUCUGCGAAAAGCUAAAAAUAACUUAAACGGCUACAGCAAUCUUUUCAGCGGAGAACGUUUUACGCACGAGGGGGAAUAAGGAAAAGUUGUGAAGAAAGGAGGGACAAAAAUGACAACAAGCCACAUAUAAAGUUACAAAUACACAGGACCUGUCCCGGCAGACCGCGAGUCUCCGAUGGUGCGGAGCGAGACAUCCCCCAGCCGCGCCCAGCAUCCCUCCCCCACACAGAAACCCAACACCUGCUGCUUCUGCUGGUGCUGCUGCUGUAGCUGCUCAUGUCUCACUGUUAGGAGUGAAGAUGACAAGCGUGGGCGAAGGAAGGACCAGGAGACCAAGUUGGAGUACUUUCCAUGUGAAACUUGCACCAAACCGACCGUAGAAGAGAUUAAACAGUGGGCGCAGUCUUUCGAUAAGCUGAUGAAGAACCCGGCGGGGCGGAACAAGUUUCGCGAGUUCCUGCGGACGGAGUACAGUGAGGAGAACAUGCUCUUCUGGCUGGCCUGUGAAGACCUGAAGAAAGAGAUCAACAAGAGCUCAAUCGAGGAGAAAGCACGCUUGAUCUAUGAAGACUACAUCUCUAUACUCUCACCCAAAGAGGUGAGUCUGGACUCUCGAGUGAGGGAAGUGAUCAACAGGAGGAUGCAGGAGCCAACCCCUCAUAUAUUUGAAGACGCACAGCUGCAGAUCUACAUGCUCAUGCACAGAGACUCCUACCCACGAUUCCUCAACUCCUCCAUCUACAGAUCACUGGUGCAGGGAGGGUCGCGCUCUUCGUCUGAAUCAUAGAAACCCUCUUUAUUUAUCCCUCUCUCCACAAACCCCUUCAUAUUUCCCCUCACUGCACAAUCACCUGAGGAUAAAGUACUCUUUUGUUGUGUCAUCAUCAUUGGAUUAUGAUUUUUCUUGUUUUUUGUUGGUCAGUGUUCCACUUUUUAAGGGAAUCCCUUAUUUUGGGGGUGUUUCUCCUGCACAGACUCAAAACUGGAACACAGGGUUGAAAAUGCAGUUUUCAUUUUCGUAAUUCCCUCCGUCCCCGUUUCAUCCAAACGUAUGUGGCAGCAGCUACAGCAGCAUCAACUACUGAUUCACGCAGCCAUCUUCUGACUUGAUUUGUUUGUUAUGUAUGCACACGUGUACCCGUCAUACAUCUUUUUUUAUGUCUCUGGCGGAAGAGAGCUGAAAAGGCCUCUGCAAUAACGUACACUGGAGUGGCCUGACCGUUCAGCUCAUCACCACAUUUACCUGUCACCACUGACCUGUCCACUGUCUCUGUGCUCUGAUUGGCUUUUCGAGGCAAGGAGCUGAGAAGUGAUUGGCUGGUAGAUCAUAAAAAAGAGAUGGCACUUUUAGGUGCUAAAUAGAUAGGUAGAUCAAAUAUUUACAGUAAAUAUUAAACGCUAAUUGAUACGCAGGCCCAGACGGAAGCUGCUGAUUUUUUACUUUUUCAAUGCUGAUGUUUCUGCAAACUUUAAUGUUCAAUAACAUAAACCUGGUUCAAUAGCUGAAAGAAAAAUGUAUAAAAAUCUUACACAUUUAUGGAACAAACUGGAGAGAUGGAUGUGUACCUAAAGUAAUAGUUCACUCAAUAUUGAAAUAUAUAUUAAAGCCAUCCAAUAUAAAUAUAUAUAAUAUAUCCCAAUAUAAAUAUAUAUAAUAUAUCUUCCUUUCAUUAGCUGAACAUAUUAAAGAGUUAGUUAAAUAAUCGUCCUAGCUCUACGAAAGUACGCAAGAUGAUUAUUGGUUCUUACGUGACUGCGUGUUUCAAUCAUAUGGUGAACCAAUGUUCUUCUUACCUACCAACGUGGAGCCCGCACUCCCUCCAUUUUAGAUCUACAUGCGUUUACAAUUAAACGCAAUGUUUUGAUCAGAAAAUACUUACGUGAAACUCAAAAUGUGUUAUAUAUACCUUGGAUGGCAUUAAUGUGUGUAGAUAUCCUCCAAUUUUCAUUGUAGGGGUGAACUAUUACUUUAAUGACACAUAUUCGUUAUUUGGAAAUAGACAUAAUUUUAUGCAUAGUUUCUGUAUGGGCCUGGUUAUUUCUAACAGUUGAUAUAAAUAAAAUAAAGACCACACCAGUUUUAGAGAUAUUGAAUAAAAAACAGAGAGAGAAUGUAGGGUCUUAAUUAGACUGGUCACUCAAACACAUUUUAAAAUGAGUAUUCUGAAUGUUAUUUAUUUUGUUAAACUGUGAUUCGUUUUAUUUUCUUGUACAUAUAUUAAAGGCGAUCUGGAACAGAUACAUCAUACCGAACAA